CUCUCUUUUUCCCUAUAAACCCCGUCGUCUUCUCCACUCCUUAUCCUCACUCCUCUAACCUCUACCCCCGCCCCCUCGACUCUCCAUCUCGAUCGAAAUGACUGCUGCAGUUACGUCAGUCUUCAAGGCCUUGUCAAUGGCCGACUCAUCUUGCGUAACCACCUUUCCCUCACUCUUUACCACCACCACAAAAAACCCAUAUCGGAUUCUCUCUGUAGCCUCCAAACCUAUCAAGCUCAACCUCUCGUGCUCUCACUCUUCACUCUUUUGCCCACGUCUCUCUCUCAGAAACAAGACCCAAUCUUCCUCCGUAACUACCUUUGUAGCCCAGACCUCAGAUUGGGCUCAACAAGAAGAAGAAAACAACACCAUCACCAUUGACACCGAGGACCGUGUUUCGGGUUGGGAUGCUGAGGGAGAGGAUUCGGCCAUUGAGGGCGUUGAAGCGGAGGCAGAGGGUAGUGAAGAUGGGGUUUUUAAGGAGACAGAAGAACAGGAAGACCAGUUUGUAGAACCUCCAGAAGAUGCAAAACUUUUUGUUGGAAAUUUGCCUUAUGACGUUGAUAGUCAGAAAUUGGCUAUGCUUUUCGAGCAGGCCGGGACGGUGGAGAUUGCCGAAGUUAUUUACAAUAGGGAGACUGAUCAGAGUCGUGGGUUCGGGUUUGUGACGUUGAGCACUGUUGAAGAAGCUGAAAAGGCUGUAGAGAUGUUCAGCCGCUAUGAUUUAGAUGGAAGGCUGUUAACCGUUAACAAGGCUGCUCCAAGAGGAGCUCGGUCAGAACGCUCCCCUAGCUUAUUUGGAUCCUCCUUCAGAAUUUAUGUGGGUAACCUGCCAUGGGAUGUGGAUAAUGCUCGCCUGAAGGAGCUUUUCAGCGAACAUGGUGAGGUGGUUGAUGCUAGGGUAGUUUCUGACAGAGAGACUGGACGUUCACGUGGUUUUGGCUUUGUGACAAUGUCAAGUGAGACUGGAAGGGAUGAUGCCAUUGCUGCUCUUGAUGGACAGAGUUUGGAUGGGAGGGCAAUAAGAGUGAAUGUUGCUGAAGAAAGACCAAGGCGUACCUUCUGAUUCGAGCUAAUAUGAGUCCGAAGAUAUCUGGUGCUGUUGUCCUCCUUCUGUAGCGAAAAGUUCCUUGUGAACUAGUUUUAGUUGAGAAUUUGAUGUUCCCAUUUUAUUUUUUCCUGUUCCUGUUAAAAUGAUGCACGUUACGACUGACUUGAGAGAUUUUGGCUUAUUGUUGUUAUUAUUAUUUAUUGUAGAAAAAUAGCUAUCAGUCCAA